AUGCCUCCAAUUAUCUCCCUUGCCCUCAAUAUGCCUCCAAUUAUCGCCUUUGCCCUCAACAUUCCUCCAAUUAUCUCUCUUGCUCUCAAUAUGCUUCCAAUUAUCUCUCUUGCCCUCAACAUGCCUCCAAUUAUCUCUCUUGCCCUCAAUAUGCUCCGAUUACCUCCCUUGCCCUCAAUAUGCCUACGAUUAUCUUCGUUGCCCUCAUUAUGCCUCCGAUUAUCUCUCUUGCCCUCAAUAUGCCUCCAAUUAUCUCUCUUAACCUCAAUAUGCUUUCAAUUACCUCUCUUCCCCUCAAUAUGCCUCCGAUUAUCUCCCUUGCCCUCAAUAAGCUUUCAAUUAUCUCUAUUGCCCUCAAUAUGCCUCAUAUUGAAUUCUGCAUUUACAUUUGGUUUGAUUGAUUUGGUUGAUUUUGUUAUCUAUCUAUCUAUCUAUCUAUCUAUCUAUCUAUCUCUAUCUAUCUAUCACAUUCUGUUCAUCUCUCUCAAUUUGUUCAUAUCUAUCUAUCAUCUAUCUAUCUAUCUAUCUAUCUAUCUAUCUAUCUAUCUAUCUAUCUCAAUGCUAUCAUUAUCUAUCUAUCUAUCUCAUUCUGUUCAUCUCUCUCAAUCUGUUCAUAUCUAUCUAUCUAUCUAUCUAUCUAUCUAUCUCAAUGCUACAAUGCUAUCAUUAUCUAUCUAUCUAUCUAUCUAUCUAUCUAUCUAUCUCAAUUCUCGUAAAACGUUAGGUUACUACGUGAAUUCAUUCAUUCCUGGGCGUCCGCUCGGCGACUAA